AAACGGGAAUUUUAGUAAAAAAUAAAUGAAACAAAGAAGAAAAUAAUCUUUGGGUACUCUCUCUAAUUCUCUGUCACUCGAGUUUCUGUUAUGACCGUUGGAGAUGAAUUCGAGCGGGAAAAUCAACCUGACGCACUGAGACUUUUGUCAACGCUUUAAAAACAAAUUCUUAGACGCUUUUAAAGACUCGAGAGAGAAAAAAUUCAGGACCCUUGGCACCAUUUUCUCAACCGCUCUCUCUCUCUUCUUUGUUUAUCUAGACUUGGCAAUUUUUGUGCUCCUUUUCUCUACGCUUGAACAACUCAUUUGGCUUUCGCGAUUCAUACAACUUCUCACCGGCAUAGAAGAAGAGAUGAGUUCGCGUGAUAACCAAAAAAAACCCAAGACUGUCGCACAAGUAAGAGAAGAGAAAAGGAAGAGAAGAGAAGAGAUGAGUUCGCGUGAUAACCAAAAAAAGACCAAGACUGUCGCACAAGUAAGAGAAGAGAAAAGAAAGAGAUUCUUCGAUCGCGUCCCCAAAGGAAAAAGGGAAGGUCACGCAUACCUUCGCAAGGAUCCAGAGCCGCAAGUUGCUUCUGUCCCCAAGACUGUCCCAGAAGAUAAAGAUGUGAUAUUGGAUAGAAUCUUGAGUAACGUCCCCAGAAGAAAAAAGACUACCUCUUACGAAUACGUCCGACCAAAAGACCCACAAGAACCGAUAAAGACACCGGAAGUCCCAACCUCUUCUCGAAAUCGGAUAAAGGCACCAGAAUGGCUUGUCCAGGUUAUGAACGGCGCUGAUGAUCCGAAGCUAGUCAUAGUGAAGACUCUGGACUCGAACGAUGUUGAUCCACUUCAAAACCGUCUCUCAAUCCCUAUCAAUAGCGUAAUCCAAAACGAUUUCUUGACGCUUGACGAGUCAAGAUUGAUUGAUGACGACGACAUCACUAACCAAGGGAAUAUGGGUGUGGCAUCGUUUCUUAUGGAUCAACGUAGUAAAAAGUGGAACGUAGGUUUUAAGCAAUGGUUUAUGACGACUGAUUCAGGGAGCAGCUACUGGAGUUUUGUGUUGAGAGGUGAAUGGAGCAACGUCGUUAAGACUAAUGGAUUGAAAGAAGGCGACAAAAUCAGUCUUUGGUCUUUCAGGUCCAAUGAAAUCCUCUGCUUUGCCCUUGUUCCUCCCACGAGCUCUGUUGUUGAUUCUGUAGAUAAGUAAAAAGUUUUUAUUUUUUGGGACUAGAAGAUGUUACUAUGGUUUUGGUACGAAGUUGGGAUCUUUAUCUUGUUGUUUUUUCUCUUCCAUUAGUAAAUUGAUGAAGAAAUUUCAUUAGGAGUCAAAGUAAGUCGUGUGCUUUCUCGUUCAAUGGAGGUCACUAUACUCUCUGUUUACAGAAAGUUUAUACUUUUGACAUGACUCUGGGUUUGUUGCUUGAUGUACAAGCACACAUAUCAACUUCAAUUGCUAGUGAUUUUUAGGCCUACUUUAGUUACUGCAUUGGUCCAAUGGUCAACUGUUUUGGUACAUUCCUCCAAAAUGCUCUUAGGGAUCAAGAUAGAUUCUACUUAUGUUAAGGCAGAAUCCAGAAGGAUCUUGAGUUCCUCUGAUGAUGACCCUGCAGAACUAAGACCCUUGUUGUGAUUUGUGAGUGACAAACUUAAGACUAUAUUCUCUUCCGCAUCCAAUGUAGUUCUUCACCACAUAUCUGUCUCAACAUCAUCUGACUCCAAUGCAUUCGACGUCAAACGCUUCUCUUGACUUCAAUGCAUUAGCUAUAUAUCGCCUGACUGCUAAAACCAAUUCUAUCCUCCAUAUGAAAACAUCAACACAACAUUUUCACAAUCUUUGCCGCAGUCGAUGAGGAUCAAACAUGUCUGACUUGACUAGAGUCAAUCUUAAAAUGUGUUGAACCAGCAAGUAUUUAUCCAACCAUCUUCAGUGUUGUCACAGAGGUUGAGAGCAGCAUAGCUUAAUAAUAAUAAGUCUUGAAAGGCAUAAAGUCAAUAAUAGUAAUCCUUAUAUCUUCCGAGUUGCAAAUUCUCUAUCCUACACCUUUAAUGGGCCUAAAUUCUCUUCCCAUUUGAAGCCCAAUUACCAAUUACAGCAAUGCUUGACCCAUCAAUCCAAAGUCCAAACAUUAGGCGAUUCACUGCACUAAUUACUGAUUUUCGCUUAAAAUUAUAUAAAAGUAAAAACUAUAGGGAAAAAUUACAAAAACCAAAAAGGAAGAUUAUGCAUUUUGCCAUCGCACAUACAUUUCCAUUUAAUGCAUAUUAUUACACACACUCUCAAAAGACAAUGAUGUAAAAAAUACGCAAGUCGGUCAUAAUUAAUAGGGUACUAAUCCCAAUAGUUAAACUACAGUAUUGUGCUGAAAGGAAAAAA